AUGUCUCCAAAUGAUGAAGAUGAUAUGAUCAGUAUCGAAGAAUCAGGAGGAAAUCUGGAGUUUUCUCAAUUUCGCCCUGAUUCACAACGAACAACUGACAGGAUCAGUCCAAGAAAUGAAAAUGGCUAUGAAAACAUACGUGAGUACAAGACUAUUUUGGACAGCGUACAAUCUUCACAUACUGCAGAAUACAACAAAAAUCAUGCGAGAUGUAAUGCAUUGCGCAAAAAAUGUAGUGAAUUGGAAAACCAGCUGAGCGAAAUGCAAGUAAGUUCUAUUCUUUUUGAAAGCUCAGAAAGUUACAAUUUAAGCAGAUGA